GACUUUCAUGGCCACUCAGUGAGGUAUAUGUUCUACUGGAUAGGUGCUGGUUGUUAGGAAUGACCUGAAGAUGGGCAAAGGCAAGAUUGCUGCUCAAUGCAGUCAUGCAACUUUAGGGCUUUACAAAAAGGUUGUCUCCAGGGCACCAAAAGCAUUGGAGAGGUGGGAAAUGAAUGGUCAAGUUAAAGUGGUAUUGAAGAUUGAAAGUGAAGAGGAGUUGCUGGUUCUUCAGGCGAAAGCAAAAUCCCUGAAGCUGCCAACGCACAUUACGAUUGAUGCAGGGAGAACUCAAAUUGCACCAAAUUCGAGGACUGUGAUGGCUAUUCUUGGACCCGCAGAUGCGGUCGAUGAUGUAACUGGAGGAUUGAAGCUUCUCUAAUGAUCCACUCACAACAUUUCAUUCGGUAAUGUAAGCAAUAUCCCUCACCGGCAUCCAAGAAAUGUUGGUUAUGGAUCAGUUUUUAGUAAGACAAACACUCUUAAGGUAAGUGCAUCAUGUUCAUGGGGAGAAAUUGGAACUUGGGGAGGCAUUUAUAUCAUUAUACGUAGUUGUGAACACAGAUAUGCUAUUUAUCAUUGUACAACAAUAGACUACACUCCCUCUCCCACCUCUCUAGAAGUUGGAGCUGUAAAUUUUGUUUGUUCAAAUUGUGAUACUCACAGCAACUUCACUGCGUGGAAGGAGAACCAAACGUUGUUCCUGUGCUCUAACUAAAACAAACGGGUUGUAUACAA